AUGGAGAGCACCUGGAGAAUUUGUGUUUGUUUCUAUUGCUGUCUUCAUUGGCUUUCCUCUAGCAUCCAGUGUUCCCCCCACUCCAGGGGCCGUGUGGUGCCUGACAAGACCUCUGGGUUGCUGGUGGCUCCUGAGGACGCUGCCAGUGACCUCAACCCGUUAGGCAUGAGACGUGGCUAUGCCCUCCUGCCUCCCCUUCUCAAGGUGCUGUCUGACCGGGGGCGCCAGAGCUGGGAAAGUGAGGCCCCCAGGCUGCAGCCAGACUCCAGAGCCCUUCGGUACAUGAAGAGGCUGUACAAGAUGUCUGCUACCAAGGAGGGGAUCCCAAAAGCCAACAAGAGCCACCUCUACAACACCGUUCGACUUUUCACCCCGUGUUCUGAAUGCAAGCACCACCACAGAGACCUAAGGAAAGGAGACGUUCACUCUGUGGAUUUACUCUUCAACCUGGACCGUGUUACUGCUCUAGAGCACUUGCUCAAGUCUGUCUUGCUCUAUUCCUUUGACACGUCCGCUCCCAUUUCUUCUCCCAUUGCAUGCACGUGCCAUUUAUCUGUGAAGGAGCAGGAUUUUUCUGGCCAAGCAUGUCCCAGUGUUUCACACGCUCUAGCUUUUAGCCUGCACGUUGAAGUUAGAAAACGCAAGUGGGUUGAGAUUGAUGUGACUUCUUUUCUCCAGCCUCUAAUUGCUACUAAGAGGAGGAACAUUCAUAUGGCUGUGAACUUCACUUGUCUGAUGGGUGACCCACAACAGUACACUAAACUGGAGAACCCCAUGAACAUGGCACUGGUUCCCCCUUCUCUUCUUCUCUAUCUCAAUGAUACCAGUGAGCAAGCUUAUCACAGGUGGAACUCACUCGGACACAGAAGGAAAAACCCAGCGCGGCCCAGGCAAAGGAAUACUCUGCUUGUUGAUCCUAUGGGUGACAAAAAAAAAGGGAAUUCACAGGGUAAAAGGGCCUCUCGACAGCGAAGAGACGAGAAUCCGAAAGGAGCACCAGCCACUCCACCUUACAAUCUGAGCGAGUAUUUCAAACAAUUUCUGUUCCCUCAGAACGAGUGUGAGCUCCACAACUUCCGACUGAGCUUUAGCCAACUCAAAUGGGACAAGUGGAUAAUAGCACCACACAGGUACAGCCCCCAGUACUGCCAAGGCGACUGCCCACGGGUGGUGGGGCACCGCUACGGCUCUCCCGUGCACACCAUGGUGCAGAACAUCAUAUACGAGACGCUGGACCCCUCUGUCCCGAAGCCCUCCUGUGUCCCGGCCGAGUACAGCCCGCUCAGCGUGCUGACCAUCGAGCCCGACGGCUCCAUCGUCUACAAGGAGUACGAGGACAUGAUUGCCACCAAGUGCACGUGUCGGUAG